UUAAAUGAAUUCAAUUUCAAUCUUUCAUUUCGAUUCGACGCACGCCUGUGGGCGAUGCGAUCAUUGUGAUGGCACUUUUUAUCACUUUUGUAAAUUUAACAUUUUUAUGAUAUUUAUGUUCUUUGUAAGUUUGCUAGUGUAAUUCAAUUAUAAUUUAUAUUUUUGCGUUUAUUUAAAAAUGGCUAAUCAAUCUCAGAAAACUGUUUAUAAGCUUGUUCUUACGGGCGGUCCUUGUGGUGGCAAAACAACUGGACAGUCUCGUCUUAGCACUUUCUUUGAGAAUUUGGGAUGGAAGGUGUUCCGGGUGCCGGAAACGGCUACCGUGCUCCUCAGUGGUGGUGUGAAGUUUGCAGAUCUCAGCCCAGAUGAAGCGGAAUCGUCAAGUGUUACAGGCGACUUGUGCAACUCUGAUUGUAAACGUUGCGCUGCUGCUGCCGUCGCUAUGGCGUGGGAAGGUAACGGUGCUUCAAAAUUUCAAGAGAACCUCUUGAAGACUAUGAUACAGAUCGAGAACACAUUUUUCGAACUGGGAAGGACAUGCCAAAGGAAUUGUCUUAUAAUAUGUGAUCGCGGGGCGAUGGACGCCAGUGCAUUUAUAUCAAAGGAAAAGUGGGAAGCAAUGAUGGCGGCAAACAACUGGAACAGUGUGGAACUGCGUGAUAACAGAUAUAACCACAUCGUGCAUAUGGUGUCGGCGGCCAACGGCGCUGAAGACUUCUACUCCACAGAAGACCACGCAUGCCGUUCCGAGGGCGUCGAACUAGCUCGGGAGUUGGACUACAACGCGGCGGCUGCAUGGAUCGGCCACCCUUACUUUGAUGUCAUCGACAACUCGACGGAUUUCGAUAAAAAGAUGAAUCGCCUAAUCGCCUGCGUCUGCCAGAAGAUCGGUAUCGACACCGGCGACCGUCUCAACGUGAACUCCAAGAAACGCAAAUUCCUCGUCAAAUCUCCCAUUCCCGCGGACACUGAGUUCCCGCCCUUUCAAGACUUCGACGUCGUACACAACUACUUGCAGAGCGAUAUGCGUAAAGCCCAGGUCAGACUUCGCAAACGCGGUCAGAAGGGCCACUGGUCGUACAUUCAUACAUUAAGGAAGUUCCACCCGACUAACGGCCAGUCCGUUGAAGUACGGACGCAGCUGACCCACCGCGACUACCUGAAUAUGCUGCCGCAGCGUGACGACGCCCACUUCACGAUAUUCAAGAAACGUCGCUGCUUCAUCUACAACAACCAGUACUACCAGUUGGACAUAUAUAGGCAGCCCACACAUCCCAGGUGCCGAGGUUUAGUAUUGCUCGAAACAUAUAGCGCUACGUACGAUCAAGAUACCUUGAUACAGUCUUUGCCAAAAUUCCUAACCAUUGAAAAAGAAGUAACUGGCGAUCCAGCAUACUCUAUGUACAAUUUAUCCUUGAAAGAAGAUUGGAAGACAUCAAAAAAGUAUUACGCGGGCAUUGACAGUAACGGGCGUUCUAAGUGGUCAAUGAAUGGGCAUAGUGAUAGUAAACCUGAUCACCGCUGUAAGACAAAUGGAGUUCCCGAUGAGAAAACAAAUGGACACUCUGAAAAAGUCAACGGCUACGCGAGUAAAACUGGGGAUUAUCCUAAUGUCAACGGUCACUGUGGCAGGAACGGCCAUGGGCCUGUUAACGGUGCUACCAUCCCCAACGGCAAGGCACAUAAGGCGGAGCUGCAAAACUUCGAGAGUAACCACAGAAUAGAUCUCGGAUCACCAAAGAUUCCUAAGGUUGCUGUUAAUAUAUAAAGGAGUACUAAUUUAUACUGCUUAGAUUAAAUAUUCCAUUUGUAAUACCAAUAUUCACUUUUCAAUGUUCACUUAACGUUUUUAAAUUAAUUUUUUGUGAAAUGAACUAUACCAUAGGACUGUCUUUGCAGAUUAAUAAUUAUGUAUAUUGUGUCAUUAUUCAUACCAUACUAUGUGAAAUCCAAAUGAAAUCUAUUUUUAUAAUAAUUGUGACAUAAUCUUACUGUACUUAUAUAUUAAAAUUAUAACUGGACUAUGUCUGUACAUUCAAGCAAAAUUUUAUAUGAGGCAUCUCCGACCGACGAAUCUAAUUCGGCUGGGCAGCGUUCAGAGAACUACACCACAUCUUUUCAUCCAAAAUACCCUGAGAUUUUGAAAAAUAGUUCUUUAACAAAUGAUUGUUGCCAGUGAUGAUCUACGGAACCGAAACAUAGUCCUACAUGGUUGGCCGUAUGGAGAAGCUUCAAGUUGCUUAGCGAGCUAUCGAAAAGGGCUAUGCUCAGAGUUUCUUUGUGUGAUAAAAUCCAAAAUUAUAUCUGCAGAGUAACCGACAUAGCCCGAAGUGGUAAUUGACUGCUCGCAUAGCAAUAACCGACAACCGAUGCAAAAGGUUCUUAAGUGGCGACUCCGCACAGGCAAACGCAGUGUAGGAAGCACCCUCCUCCUGCACUAGAUGGUUUGAUGACCUCUAAUGCAUUGCAGGAAGUCGGUGAAUGCAGGUGGCUGAGGAUCGUAUUUUGCUGCAGUUCAUAGAGAGAGGCCUAUGUUCAGCAGUGGACAGUGAUGAUCAUGAAUAUUAGGGGUAAUAAGAGCAAUGAAAGCCAAUAUAAUAAAUCACGCGUACCAAGACGCCAAGCAAAAAGUUAGUAUUAAAUAUGAAAGAAUAUACUUAAUUUAAUGUCACUUAAUUUUUAUUGAACUAACACAAAUGUAUUAAAUAGUUAAAUAUUGUUUGUGCCUUUACACAGUAAUGUAUAUUUGAAUAAAUUAUAUAUUUAGUACAUGUAAUACUUUUUUCACCAAGGGUAAGUACUUAAUGAAUUGGAAUACUUAAUUUACAUUUAUACAGUAUAUUCUGUAUUGUUUUAUAUCAUAAAUAAAAAAUGAUGCACUUUGUAUAAUGAAAUAGGUUGUAUUGAUGUUAUUAUUUUUACUUCCAAUCUCUGUUAUAAAUUAGAUAAUUAGUGUUUUAAUCGUGACUACAUUGUUUCCACUAACAAUACAUACAUCACAUGUAAGAUAGAAAUUAUACGGCUGUUAAACUUUUAAAAUUGUAGUGGAGUUGUAAAAGUUUAAAAUAUCUUGAUGUCGUGUCACGUGUCGCCGUAGUAGUUUAAUUUAGGGUCCAAUUGUAAACAAGUACACAUACUUGAACAAUGGUCACCCUAUUUAUUUACAGUACAUUUUAGUGGCCUUUUAGUGUUGACUUUUGUGUGCUAAGAAAUAUAUUUUUGAUUAAAAUAUAGAAUUCAAUGUGCACAUUAAUGUUGCAAUAAUUUGUUGUAUUAAAAUAAAAUUCUACUGUAAUGUACCCAGCAAAGUAUUCAAACCACCGCUAGUGUAAUGACACUUGAAGAGAGCUAACAUCUAUAGAUAUUUGCUUUUGGCAAAAGUCCAUGGUGGCAUCAUGGCUGUGUACAAAUAACAAUAAGAGCUAUAUAUCUAUAUCAACUAAGCAUAUAGAGUAACACGGAAAAUGCCAAAUUACUAUUUUUAAGGCUAAUUGCACCGAAAAGACAAAAGAGAGAUAUUUUUGGAAAUAAGUUACAUAAAACCUUUUAUGUUUCAUUGGACAUCUGAAAAUACAGAUGCUGUUUAUCAACUACGUGAUAUUUAUUUGUUUCUUUUAGAUUAUAACAUGAAAUAUUUGAACUAAUAAGCCAGUGCUUACUGAUAAUGUAUGUAAAUUUCGAAAUACAUGUCUCUCAGCAUUGUUUCUAAUAAAGAAAAAUGCAUCUACAGAAAUAA